CCGGAGCGGCGGCAGCGGGCGACCCCGGGAUGCCGGAAGUACCUCCCCGCGCCCCGGAAACGAUUCUUCGGGACGCAGGCGCGCCCCGCCUCGCGUUCCGUGCGAGACGUAGAGCCGAGCGACCGAGGCCGCGAGCGAGAUGCCGGUGGCCGUGGGUCCCUACGGACAGUCCCAGCCGAGCUGCUUCGACCGCGUGAAGAUGGGCUUUGUGAUGGGUUGCGCCGUGGGCAUGGCGGCCGGGGCGCUCUUCGGCACCUUUUCCUGUCUAAGGAUCGGAAUGCGGGGUCGGGAGCUGAUGGGAGGCAUCGGCAAAACCAUGAUGCAGAGUGGCGGCACCUUUGGCACGUUCAUGGCCAUCGGGAUGGGCAUUCGUUGCUAAUGGAGGCAAUGAUUGCCUGUUACAUCAACCCCCUCCUAUCAGUCCCAACCUGUGUACUAUAAUAAAGUCUUUGAGUAGUCUUG